CUGCGCUCCACAGAAGCACGGGUCGGUCGGUCGGCGGCUCGCUAGAACUGCGAGAGACCGCAGCCGCAAGGCAAGCACGAAUCCGCGAGGUUUUAGGACAGCAAGGAGGAGGAAGAGGAGCUUUUAGGAGACGGUGCCGGUCGGCCGAGUUUGGCGUUGGCCUGAACGUGCACGGGGAGAGAGAGAGAGAGAGUGAGAGAGAGAGAGAGAGAGAGAGAGAGAGAGAGAGAGAGAGAGAGAGAACACGGACGUGGCUCUGUCGUCGCCCGCUGCUCCAGGGAGGACCGGAUGUAAGGGCGCAGGAGUGCUUUCCAGACCUGUGUCGAGACUGGAUGCGUUUGCCUUCACAAUGCGAAGCGAACCUGUUCUGUUCGCCUCGAGGGCGAUAGAGGAGCUGGUGUCAGAGCUCCGUAUCUUUCUGGAGCUGUUGGACAGAGAGUACCUGAGUGCUGCAGUGAGAGAGAAGAAACUGCAGAUCUCCAACAUCCUACACAGAGUCCUGGCUGGUAAAGAGCCAUCAUGUAAGGCGGAGUUUCAGAGCUCCCUCCCAGCACCUCCACAGAUGCCCCUCCCAGAGAUCCCACAUCCAUGGCUGCCUCCUGAUAAUGGGCCUCCUCCCUUGCCCAGCUCCUCUCUUCCUGAAGGUUACUAUGAGGAGGCCGUGCCUCUGAGUCCUGGGAAAGCACCAGAGUACAUCACCUCCAACUAUGACUCGGAUGCCAUGAGCAGCUCGUACGAGUCGUACGAUGAAGAAGAGGAGGACAGCAAGGGGCAGCAGAUGCGUCACCAGUGGCCGUCGGAGGAAGCGUCCAUGCACCUGGUGAAGGACGCACGCAUCUGUGCCUUCCUGCUCCGCAAGAAGCGCUUUGGCCAGUGGAGCAAAGUGCUCUGCGUCGUCAAGGACAACAAACUCCUGUGCUACAAGUCUUCUAAAGACCAGACUCCUCAGAUGGAGCUCCUCUUGUCUGGCUGCAGUAUCACUCACAUCCCCAAAGACAGUAAAAAGAAGAAACAUGAGUUGAGGAUUGUCCACCAGGGGGCAGAUGCCCUGGUCCUCGCCGUGCACAGCAAAGAACAAGCAGAGGAGUGGCUGAAGGUGAUGAGGGAGGUGUGCGCUAAUGGAAACGGACUAGGGGACUCUGAUGGGUUGCCGUCUGGAUCUCCUGUUCACAAAGCGGAACUGGAAAAGAAGUUGUCCUGCGACAGGCCUAGUUCAGACGGAGAGCCCAGCCAUGAAAAUGGCAUCGCGGAGGGAAAAGAUCUAGCUAAAGGGAAGAAGAGCACUCGGUCCGAGCAGAAGGCCACAGUGGGCAAGGGGGCAGGCAAGAAGAUCACCAAGAUCAUCAGCCUGGGGAAGAAGAAGCCGUCCACCGACGAGCAGACGUCAUCGGCCGAGGAGGACGUGCCGACAUGCGGCUACCUGAACGUGCUAUCCAAUAACCGCUGGCGGGAGAGGUGGUGCCGGCUGAAGGACAACCAGCUGCUGCUGCAUAAGGACCAGGAGGAUCUGAAGACCCACAUGGCAUCGCUGCCCCUGCGAGGCUGUGAGGUCAUCCCCGGGCUGGACUCCAAGCACCCGUUCGCCUUCAGGCUCAUGAGGAACGGUCAGGAAGUGGCCGUGCUGGAGGCCUCCUCCUCUGAGAGUAUGGGUCGCUGGUUGGGCGUCUUGCUGGCAGAGACAGGCUCAAACACUGACCCUGCUGCAUUGCACUAUGAUUACAUAGAUGUGGAGACCACUGCGAAUGUCAUCCAGCUGGCCAAGCAGUCCUUCUGUUUCACCAGUAAGCGAGCUGUGUCUCCAAACCCAUACCUGGACAACCCAGUGAACGGCUAUGCCCGGCCCACUGGUGUUGCCCUGCACUACGACGAUGUCCCCUGCAUCAAUGGAUCGGUAUGGUUUCACAUGCAGAAAGAGCCAGAUCUGCAGUCCUUCCUCCCGGCCUCUGGGGGGCGCUGUUAUCCGGAGGAGGCUCAGUAUGAGAACGCUGAUCUGUAUGAGAACAUGCCUUCCCCAAAACUGUCAACUCGCAACUCACGCAAACCAAGCUGGCCACCAGCCUCCUCUGGCCAUUACAACACACCCACCUCUGCUAAAUCCCUGUCUUCCUCUUCAUCUUCCUCUUCCUCUGCUGCUAAAACCCAGAUGAAGGGAAAGAAAUCCACCACCACCAAUGGGGUUGGUUCCAAACAGAAGUUGGACAAGAACCAGCCCAAGAAGAGUAAUGGAACCAAUGGAUCUCUACCAGUGAAAUGCAACAAUUCAAGUAUGGAUCAGUACAAGUACGGGAAGAACAGGGUGGAGGCGGACGCCAAGAAGCUCCAGGCAAAGGAGGACGAGCUACUGAAGAGGAAGCAGGAGAUUCGCAACCGUCUGACCCAGCUGAAGAAAGACCGGAGAGACCUGCGCACCGCCAUCGAGAACAGUGCAGGUAAGCGCACACAGGCCUCCCUGACGGAGCGGCUGCAGAGGGUGGAGGACGAAUGUAAGGUGAAGGAGGAGGAACGUGUGACUCUGGAGCUGGAGAUGACGGAGGUGAAGGAGAGCCUGAAGAAGGCACUGAGUGGCGGCGUCACCCUCGGCCUGACCAUCCAACCCAAGGCCUCCAGCUCCAGCCCGCAGUCUCCGGUGCUGAUGAGACACACAGUGGACAACUCGCCGCUUUCCAGCUGUGACACCAGCGACACUGAGACAUGCUCACUUCCUGUCAACAGUGCCUCCUUGCUGCGGCGACAGGUACCACAGAAAGCCUCUCCGGUACGGGGACAUGUCCUCCGGAAGGCCAAGGAGUGGGAGAUGAAAUCUGGCACAUAAACGCUCACUUACUUUUAUUUUGCCUUUUCUCUGUAUAUUUAUUUAAAUGUAUGCAUAUAGAAAUGAUUGUUGAAAGCGAACUGACUGAAGCAUAGACACAGCGUGGUGAAGAAACACUGCUGAUCUCACCAGGAGCUUGCCAUCUUCACUAUACAAUACUGUUGAUUAUACCAGCAAAAGGUCAUAAUUUCACAUGAAGUAUUAUUAUUAUUAUUAUUAUUAUUAUUAUUAUUAUAAAUUAUUAUUAUUAUUAUUAUUAUUAAUUAUUAUUAUUAUUAUUAUUAUUAUUAUUAGUGCUGCCAUUUAUCAAACUACUAAGCAGCUGUCAUCUUUUACUCAGCCAACUGAAAUUCAGCUCUGCUUAGUCUGUAAUAUCAGACAUAUGUCUAUGAAGUCAUUGGAAGUUUUUUUUUUUUAAUAUUUAUUUGUAAAUGUUUUAGAAAAUGCACGCCUCUCUCUGUGUUUGUUUGUAUUGAUAUUUAAAGCUUUAAAGCCUUUUAUUUGGCCUAAUGCCAGGUCUGUCUCAUUGCCCGGCUAUUGCAUGGGGUUUUGUUUCGUUUUGUUUGCUUUUGUUUUCUUUUUUUCGAUUCUUCAGGGCCUGGGGUCUGACCGGGGUUUUCAGUCUUAAGUUUCGAAGAGUUCUGGCCAUUUGUUUUCACUAAGUUCAAUCAUAAAGUGAAAUGUAGAGCAAAUGAACGCUUAGUGAAAACAGCUGUCGAGUUGUGGGCCAGUGUGAUGCGGAGGUGGUUUUGCGGAAGCUGACAUCAGCUCAGACAUGUAGGCGACCCCCCACCCCACAACACCCGCCCCCACCGGACCCAGAAGACCCAGGCAGACGUUUGGCUGGAGUGGUUGCUGUGGUAACGGUGGGAGGAGCACUGGCACUGGCAGCUUGAGCCACAGAUCCAGCCUCAUAAUACUUCACUGCAGUACUGCAAUUUCAGCCUGGGAACUGAUACGGCGCUCUCUCUUUCACAAUCUCUGUCUUUCCAUUCUCUCUCUGUCAUUCUCUUUCCCUCUUCUCGCUUCCUCUCUGCC